AUGAAAUUUGGAUCGCAAAUCCAAGACCGCUCUGUACCGGAAUGGCGUUUGAACAACAUAGACUACAAAGGCCUGAAAGAGGCGGUCAAGAAAGUAACCACAUUCAGGCCAGAUAAGGAUAUUAGCGGCAGUUGGGAGACUGACAAAGAGUUGCAAUGGCUCCGAAAGGCGUUUUUGCAACAGUUUCGUAACAUUAACGCUUUUGUGAGUCUUAAAAUCAAAGAGGCUUCAACGAGGCUGGUCUCCGUGCAGUCGUCGAUUGUCAGACUCCAGCGUACUGCAGGCGGCCCAACUAAGAGAAAUUUACACAGACAAAUGGGGCUGAUCCAUCUGCAUCUUAACAGCUCCAACACAGAGCUUCUCAGAAUAUGUCGUUUUUUGAUCUUACAAAAAAUUGCACUACGCAAGCUGUUCAAAAAGUUUCUAAAAUACUAUCCCUACGAUCACGGCAGGGCUCAAGACUUCGUGCAGGCAUUGAAGUCUUGCCCUGAUCUCACAGAGGGCGAAGACGGCAUUUCUUUCACUACGAUCGACCUUGAUCCCUAUCUGCUCGAGAUCUCACUGAUAGUAGACGUUAUGCGAGAGCUAGAACAAGCCCGGAAACCCUCUGAGACUGAUCGUGAAGAUGUUCAGACCGGUUCGCAAGAGUUUAUCUCACAAACAGCUGCCCCCAAACCUUACUCACAGGCAGUUUUUGAUGCAUCAUUUUUGGGCAAAGCCACUCGGCUCCAGUCUCUUUUGAUAUCUGAAGAAAGUAUCUCCCAAGCGAAAUUUUUGCUGUUACAGCUUGGGUUUCAUGUUGUAGACGACGACAUGAUUACCGCCUCCCAGCAAAGUGUUCAAAACGCGAAUCCCACUAACCUCGCAAGUUUGGCGGCCUCGGGCAAGUCACCCCGCUCAUUCCAAGACCUGCGUGCAGCUUUGGAACCCGAUCAGUCGAACACUCCGUUCAGCGCUCUUACCGAAAUUAAAAGCUCUGAGACAGUUUCCAUUAUACUGUUUGACAGAGAACCCAUUCCUAAAUUUCUUGAGGACGACGCCGCAAAUCAGUAUCCCAAUAUUGCAAUCAAAGAAGAAGGUGAAGACAACUGUACUUUGAUGUGCCAUGUUGGGGGACUAAGAAAUUAUGUCAUAUCCGACAAGGUGCCCUAUAAGGCGUUUCAGGAAGCAUUGUACAGCCACCAAGCUACAAACUCUCAAGAGCUUUCUGCUACACUGUCCCCCAAGAAUAAGUUAUGUUUAGAUUGGUUGAAGUCACAUUCUAUGGACUUCUGUAAGCCAGAGAUUAUCACCAAAAGAACUCGAUUUAUAAAGCCGCCUGUAGAUGGUGAGGAAAUUGAAUAUUUGGUGUGCGUGGACGAAGAGAUUCUGUUGAACGGAUCGCAAAACGUUCCUCACGCUUUACUUGAGAUCAGAAGACUAUCUCCUAGGAAGGUCUUUGACAAGAAGCCCAAAAGUGAUAAGUUCAUCAUGUCCUUGAUCUGCAAAUUAUUGGACUUUAAUAUUCAUUGUUAUCCGCUCGCAAAAGACUUGACACUAUGGAAGCUACUUUACUCGAUCCAGGAAUCAAAUUCUACUGAAUCUACGCUGCUGUCAACUAUCUGCCGCAGCACAGAUUCACCAACCAGGGAUUCAUUUUUCACAGAUGGUGCUGUUGAGCUUUCCACCAUGAUUUCGAUGAAAGAGGGCAAUAAACCAGCUUUGAGUCACAAAAAGAUUGCAAAUGCACGGAGGAAAAGUCGAUCCUCAUCCCCAGAUUCAACUCCUCGAAAAAUAAGGUACUGGAAUGAGUUUGAUGACGGUGACGAAGCCGAUCAAAAUGCCGACUGCUUUUAUCUCGAUCAAGAGGCGAACGUGAAUGAUGACGGCGCCCGUGGUUUCAUUUCGUUAAACCGAAGCGUUGUCAAUGCUGUAUAUGAUUUUUCCGAAAAUUUACGACGCGUACUCGUAUGUGCACAAGUCAUUCCUGAGGAGAGGCCUCUACUUGCGGACAGUCUUCGCGGGCCUUCGCUAGGAAGUGUCACCACAUUUGGUACCAUGGACACAUCACAAAGUGCAAAAAGAGAUUUCGAUCGUUACAUGGGAUAUUCAGCUCGACAAGACGAAGGUGACUAUGCUUACGCGUUAAAGCACGACCAUGUUGUCACUUUAUUUUAUAUGACGUCGUUGUUGAUUUCCUGCAUUACGUCUGGCAUUUCAUUGGGUAUUGUGGUGUCUAUUUUCCGAGAACUGAAUGAUGAUGACAUUGUUCUAGGCCCCAGCACAGGAGUAGCCAGCGUUAUUAUUAUGUCGUUGCUAUUUUCGCUAUUAUUGAGUUGCAUAAGUCUCUUGCUGCUCUUCACUCGACUUCACAUGGCACCAUGGUGGCACUACGUGAGUUGUUCAUUUAUCUUUCUCAUUGUUGCAUGUACCGUAUGCUACGGUUUAAUAGAAAUAUUUCUGUAA